AUGGGGCACUUCCCUGGUGGCUUCAGACUCCGGCCCAAGAACAAGCAAGCAGCCAAUGAGGCCCCCGUCACCGAGGACUCAGACCCCCAAGGUCCUCCGGGCCCCAUCACCAAGGACUCAGACCCCCAAGAUCCUUCAAGCCCCCCCUUUACUGAGGAUUCAGACCCCCCCGAGGACCUCCAGGCCCCCGUCAUCGAGGACUCAGACCCCCUGAGGUCCUCCAGGCCCCCGUCACCGAGGACUCAGACCCCCAAGGUCCUCCAGGCUCCUGUCACCGAGGACUCAGACCCCCAAGGUCCUCCGGACCCCGUCACUGAGGACUCAGACCCCCGAGGUCCUCCAAGCUCCCGUCACCAAGGACUCAGACCCCCGAGGCUCCCGUCACCAAGGACUCAGACCCCCCGAGGUCCUCCAGGCCCCCCAUCACCAAGGACUCAGACCCCCAAGAUCCUUCAAGCCCCCAUCACUGAGGACUCAGACCCCCCGAGGUCCUCCAGGCCCCCAUCACUGAGGACUCAGACCCACCGAGGUCCUCCAGGCCCCCCAUCACCAAGGACUCAGACCCCCAAGGUCCUCCAGGCCCCCGUCACCAAGGACUCAGACCCCCUAAGGUCCUCCAGGCCCCCGUCACCGAGGACUCAGACCCCCGAGGUCCUCCAGGCUCCCGUCCCUGAGGACUCAGACCCCCGAGGUCCUCCAGGCCCCCGUCAUCGAGGACUCAGACCCCCUGAGGUCCUCCAGGCCCCCGUCACCGAGGACUCAGACCCCCAAGGUCCUCCGGGCCCCAUCACUGAGGACUCAGACCCCCCGAGGUCCUCCAGGCCCCCCAUCACCAAGGACUCAGACCCCCAAGAUCCUUCAAGCCCCCCAUCACUGAGGAUUCAGACCCCCCCCCGAGGACCUCCAGGCCCCCGUCAUCGAGGACUCAGUCCCCCUGAGGUCCUCCAGGCCCCCGUCACCGAGGACUCAGACCCCCAAGGUCCUCCGGGCCCCAUCACCAAGGACUCAGACCCCCAAGAUCCUUCAAGCCCCCCCUUUACUGAGGAUUCAGACCCCCCCCGAGGACCUCCAGGCCCCCGUCAUCGAGGACUCAGACCCCCUGAGGUCCUCCAGGCCCCCGUCACCGAGGACUCAGACCCCCAAGGUCCUCCAGGCUCCUGUCACCGAGGACUCAGACCCCCAAGGUCCUCCGGACCCCGUCACUGA